UUAUUAUUUGAUAAAUGUUCCGUACAAAUAUUGAAUAAUUUAUUAAAACUUAACGGAUCGUUUCGCGGCUAUCUAGAGUGCUUUAAUGUAAUUUUAUAUCUUUACACUGUCUGACUGGCUAUGUUGAUAGUGUUAAACAUAGUAGUGUUUUACCCACCAAAACUGAUACGCAGUUGGAAAUAGGAAUAGUAUUUAAAAUAGCGACAAGUAUGGCAAAAAUAGAUUGUUUGAUGUUAGCGAUUAAGAAGAACCUUCUGCUACUUCUAACAUUGUUAGGCGUGAUAUGUGGAAUAGGUAUCGGGUUUGCUGUCAGAUCAAGCUCUCCAUCGAGUUCCGCAUUACUAUGGCUUGGUUUACCUGGUGAGCUGUACCUACGUAUUUUAAAAAUGAUGAUAGUUCCUCUGAUAGUCUCCAGUGUAAUUACAGGAACUGCGUCACUUCACCCAAAAGCCAACGGAAAAAUUGGAAUGGUUUCAUUUGUUUUUAUAUUUGUAACAAAUGCUCUGGGCACAGGUCUUGGUGUUGUAUCGUUCUUCGUUUUUCGACCGGGUGUAGAAAGUGGAAGAGACAAAGUUCAAUCUGCUUUGGUAACGAAGCCUUUAGAGACGCAAGAUAUAUUUGCUGACAUGUUUAGAAACAUAAUCCCUGAUAACCUAUUCGAAGCAACUUUUCAACAAACGCUGACAGAAUACAAAUACAAAGACAUAGUUAACACAACGUCGGGGAAAUCAUCUCUUGUCAUCGUAGGAAAGACACUUGGAAGCACCAGUGGACCAAAUUUACUCGGUUUAAUUUUUGCAUGUACUUUACUCGGAAUGGCAACAUCUGCGCUUGGUAAGCAGGGAAGACCACUGAUAGAUGUUUUAGAGGCAUUAACACGAGUAGUUAUUAUCAUUAUCCGAUGGUUACUAUGGACAACACCAAUAGGGGUCCUCAGUCUAAUUCUAGUGCCUGUAGCUGAACUUGAUGAUGUUGGAAGUGUGUUUCGUGACCUUGGACUGUUUAUUUCUGCGAUUCUUGUUGGCUGUUUUGUUCAACAGGUCAUUGUUAUGCCUUUGAUUUUAUUUGCAUUAACCCGACGAAAUCCCUUUAGGCAUAUGUCGGCAAUAUCAAGAGCAUGGUUUAUAUCUUUUGCUGCUGCAAGCACACCUGUUGCCAUACCAGAAAUGUUGACAAGCUGUGAAGUCAAGUUAGAACUUGAUAAGAGAAUAACAAGAUUUACCAUUCCCUUUAACGUCGCAUUGAGUUCAAAUGGAAGUGCUGUGUUUAUUGCAUGCUCGUGUUUAUUUUUGUCAAAUAUUUCAGGAAUACCGACCACAACUGUCACCGUCUUAACUGUUUGCUUUCUAACAACAAUGUCAGUGUUGGCGGUUCCGUCAGUACCAAGUGCAUCAAUUGUAAUUAUCGUGAUGAUUCUGACAUCUCUUAGUUUUCCUAUUGAACCAAUUGCCCUUCUUCUUGCCGUCGAGUUUUUGCUAGAUCGUGUCAGGACUACCAGUAGUGUUGUAAGCCACACAAUGUGUGCAGCUGUAACACAUCACAUGUGUAAAAACAUGUUGGAGGAUAUAGAGGUCAAUGAUGAUAUUCACGUAGAAAUGACGAGUGAGGAAAAUGAAGAAAUGCUGGCAGAAACUAUGGUUCUCGAACGGAACAAAAACAUUGAGUUUACUGAUAAAUAGUUAAAUAAUUUUAGAAAUUAUAUGAGGGAUUUUUGUUUAUAUUAAUGUUAUUAAUUUAGAUAUUGCUAAAAAACUGCGUAAACCUAUUUGUAUUAUUGUAUAUCUUAUCAGAUGUUAGAUGAAAGAGAAAUAAAUAACGGCAAUUUGGUAGGUAGUUGUAUAUUUGAAUAACCAGCUACCUACUAGCUGGUAGUUGGUUUUUCGUUAUACCCAACUAUUUAACAGCUAGUAGUUGGUAAUUCAAUCCACUAUUACAAGCAUGAAACGUUCGAACAUCUCAUACACAGAAUAAAGGAGGGUACAAUGUAAUAACCUAGUUGGUUAUUCUCGCGUGCAAAUCCCAAAAAUUACACAAAAGAAGGUAGUUGGUAAUUGAAACUUAGCUUGUUUACCCUGUAAACAGAAAGUACUUUUUCGGGAUAAAUAUAACGGAUAUAUGUUGCAAGAUAGAUGUGUUCUUCAAUAUUUAAACACCCUGUCUCCCUAUGUCCACUAUUCGCGUGAAUACCCAACUACAUAAUAAAAGGUAGUUGAUUGUUCGGAUAUUGCAUAUAUGAACUAGAAAAGUAUUUUUUUUGAAAAAAAUUCUACAGUUGUAUAACAAGAUAUGGUUACACCCCCUUCAUAAGUCGACCAGGGGACUCGGUUGAUUAUUCAUGUUAAUCUCCAACUACCAACAGAAGGUAGUUGGUUAUUGGAACAUUAUAUGUUUUCUAAAAACAGAAAAUAUUUUUUCAGAAUAAAAGUAACCGAUAUAUGACAAGAUAAAUGAAUUCUACCAAAUGGUAUCAACCCGUCUCCUUAAGUCGACCAGGGGACUAGCGUGAAUCCCCAACUAGCUACCAGAAUUUAAUUCGAACUUGGCAUGGUUUACCCUUAUAACAGAAAGUACUUUUCCGGAGUAAAUAUAACAGAUAUAUAGAUCUGUUUUACAAUACUUAACACCCUGUCUCCUGACGUCG